UAUACAUUUAUAACAGUUUUGUAAAUCUCACUCUUAGUUUUUUUACAUAAAAUUAUUAACCGGUGAUUGUAUUUGUAAAUUUUAGUUUAUCAUCUCUGUUUAAAUGUCUUCGAGAGCUGCUAUCAACAGAUUACUAAUAAUGUGAACUAACGAACAUAGAUUAGCGUGUGUUAUUUGUAGUUACUUAUUUAAAGGCAUUAUAGCAGUACUAAAAUGUCGUUUAAAAGAAGCGUAUUUGUAUUUCUGUUUUUAUUCUUUAUUGUAAAGGCCACAGAUAAAGUGAAAUUAUCAGUGUAUUAUGAGACUUUGUGUCCAGAUAGUAUAGAGUUUAUAAACAAUCAGGUUUAUCCUAAUUAUGAAGCAUUUGGACCAGAUUUCGUUGAACUAGAAUUAAUUCCGUAUGGCUUUGCUAAGGAAAUCGAUGCAAAUAACUCGAAAGUUUUUAUCUGCCAACAUGGACCAAAAGAAUGUUAUGGUAAUGAAGUACAUGGUUGCGCCAUAGCAAGUGUACCAAUAUACGAAAGUAUUAAAUUUAUUUAUUGUUCGGAAAGUUCCACACCACCAACUUCUGAAAAGAAUUUACAAGCGUGUGCCAAGAAUAUUGGUCUGUCUUGGUCUGUAAUAAAGGAAUGUUUGACAAACGGCCAAGCAGAAGACAUAAUGUCCGAAAACCGACAGAAAACUCAAAAUCUAAACCCAAGCUUCAUCCCAUCCGUGACAUUCAAUGGUAUUUUUAAUAUAGAUGAUCAGAAUCAGUCAAGGAAUGAUCUGAAGAGUGUUAUUUGCAAGUAUUUGGAUAAUAAACCUCAACAGUGUAGUUCAGAUGAUGAAAUAUAUUUGAUUAUGUUGUGUAUUUUUAAUUAUAUUGAUAUGUGGAGUAUUUAUUUUAUUUGUGCCCUUAUGGGAUUAUUCAAGUUAACGGUAGCUUUAGAUGUUGCAAUAUACUAUGAAGCUUUGUGUUCGGACAGUGUCGAUUUUAUCACUAGACAACUUUAUCCCAGCUAUCAAGAUUUAAAAGAUCAUUUGAACAUCAAUUUUGUCCCAUAUGGCAAAGCCAUGCAUGGAUAUAACGAGCAAAUAGAAAGAUAUAUUUUCAAUUGUCAACAUGGUAGGAUGGAAUGCAAAGGAAAUACUUUCCAAGCGUGUGGAUUAAAUCAAACAGAUAGUCAAGAUACCAAAGUUGAAUUUGUUAAUUGUGUCAUGUCAGCCAGAAAUCCUUCCAAUCCUCAUUCUAUACAAAAGUGUGCCAAUCAGACCAACUUGGAUUAUGAGAAAAUGCGCCAGUGUGCCACUUCUCGUGAAGGUGAUACAUUGCAAGUACUAAACGGCAACAAGACCUGGAGUUUAGAACCUAACUUAUACGAAGUUCCCACUAUAGUUUUGAAUAACGACAUAGCAAUAGAUCAUCAGGUUCAAAAUUUGGCAACGUCUGAUUUUAAAAGAUUAAUUUGUGAUAAUAUAAUAGAUCCAAAACCAGAUACCUGUGUGACGAAGACCUUGCUAAGGAAGAUAAAGGAUUUCUUUUUGUAGAUGCAUGUUCCUUCUUUAUAAUCAUAAACUAUAUAAAAGAAAUAAAAACGUCUUACAUUAAAUAA